AUGCAGCCCUGCCUGCUCCUCGCCCUGGCCCUGCUGGGCACGGCCUCUGCCCGCCACCUGGCCGCUGUCACCUCCGAGGUGGCCGAGCCGGAGCUGGAGGCCGAGGCUGAGGACGUGGAGUGCCCGCUGGAGGACGAGACGAACGCGCUGAACAUCACGGACCCGCAGAGCAUCCGCACCUUCCGCUACAUCAUCGUGCGGCGGUGCCAGAACUUCCACACCGCGGAGAGAGUGUGCUCCCGCUGCUACCGCGGGCGCCUGGCCUCCAUCCACAGCUACCGCACCAACAUCCUGCUGCAGUGCAGGGCUCGCACCUGCGUCAGCAACGGGCGCGUCUGGAUCGGGGCCAUCACCCGUCCUGUGGGCGGCAGCGUGUUCUGCCACUGGUCUGACAACAGCGGCUGGAACUACGCGUACUGGCUGCACGGCUACCCGCUGCUCACGGGGCGCUUCUGCACCACCCUCUGCACCGCAAAUGGGCGCUGGAGGAGCACAAACUGCCACGUGAGGCUGCCCUUCAUCUGCGAGUACUGA